AUGCGAGCCUCUUUUCUGAUCAGCCGGAGACAGCCGUGGAUGGGCCAGCUGCUUCUCAUGGCCAGGAACAAGGCCCUCACCCUCCUCCUGAAGCUCUACAGGCGCACUCCGAUCUUCAGGCCCCGCCACCUGCCGGGAAGGAAUCGGACCCAGAACGCCGAGGGUUCGGUCAAUGUCUGCCUUCCGGGUCGCCUAUCGGCCAAGAACUCUGUCUUCGGCGGGCUUGUGCGACUGGAUCUGUUGGAGGAGAACACCCUCGAGCCGGACAGCGACGUGGAGCUCGUGGCGGAUGAGGACGUUUUUCUUGACCUGCAGGGCCUGCGGCGGCAGGGCAACUUUGAGAUGGCUGUGAUGGCUGGUGGACAGCUGGAAGUGGACUCCGAAGAAGACGGGGAAUGCGACGACUACGACUGCGACGGAUACGUGCGGUUCGUGGCGUACGAGGAGUGCGAGGGGGAGGAUGAUCGGUUGCGGGAUAGGAUUGCGGGAGGCCUGGGGCAGGUGAAGGCUGCCGGAGCUGGAGCCGCCGUCGCCACUUCGAAGGGCCUUCAGCCGGGUUCCGGCUCCCGACGGGCUCCCCCGUCUAAGCAGGUCCGCGCCUGA